UGCAUCACUGACCGACCGUGUUGGUGGGCCCCGAGUUUGCUCUGAACAUUAAGAACCAGUCGGACUUGCGAUGGUGCAGUGUUCAUAAUAGGAUGGGAUUGUGUUGUUGGAACUUGGGCCCCUUGAGGGCCAUUCUGUUUGUCUUGGAACUAACUUGGAUGGUGCAAUGGAGUAGUGGGACACCUUUCAUUGUUCAAUCCCUGUCCUCGCGUUAUGCCAUUAUCCUCGGAGGCUAUGGACCGGGAUAUCGGGAGCUCAAAGACGUGGAGGUGGUCAAGCACGACCGGAUCUGCAAAAAUGCCAUCAGCGAGGUUCCGACCGACCCAGGGCGGUUUCUGGGCGACAUAUCCGGAAUGGCCGAAUAUAUUAACAAUACGGGCGUAUUAUUUUGCCGUCAUAGCACCUGUUGGAUGCUCACAGUGGGUCCAAACACAUGGAAAAAGGUGGGCGGGUUCCAAAAUCGCCGGGAUCGAGCCGCUUCAGCUGCUGUGGAUGACACGAUGGUUGUUCUCGGAGGACGAGACGUGGAUGGUUUGGAUAUCAUUGGAUUUGAGAUCUUCGAUUUGAAGAGCAAUUCGUGGGUUUCCAAACCGGAAUGGAAUAUGGCUCAAGGGAGAUACAGCUUUUGUGCCGUUCCCUACAAUCAAACAGCCCUUCUUGUGAUCGGAGGUUACACCAAAGAUGGAGCCAUCAGCUCGGUGGAACUUCUGGAUACGAAAAGUGGACGCUGGGAGAUAUUGGAGGAUUUGCCUCGUGCUCGAUACGGCCACUCCUGUCUCCUGAUGGAAUGGGCGGGACGAGAAGGGGUCCUGGUUUCGGGAGGGGCAUUAACAGGCAACGAUGUAGACUUUCUUGAUCUCAAAACUGGAAAGUGGGAAUCGUUUGCCAGGCUCCCCUUCAGCACCGACGGUCACAAAAUGGUUUUGGUGGAAGGUAUUCCCACGGUGUUCUCUUGGGAAAGAAUUGACCAGUUUGAUGGAACCAAAUGGAUCACCCUUGACCAACGUCUUGGCAACUCAAGAUCUGCUUUCACGGUCACCACCAUCCCUGGCCAUUUAGUGCCUAAAUGUCUUUGAAGAGUUAUUCUAUUCGUCGUUGUACGAUUUAUUCAACAUCAAUCAAUAAUUCUAGUCUACAUAUCCGAUCAGAUUCAUUACACAAUAAAUUGCCAGUUUCAUAAGAUAAAGAUUU